UGCUCCCCGCACCGCCUAGUUGAGCUCGGCCCGGCUCCCGCCCAGGCGGCUACCGACGCGAAGCCUUGAGCGCCCGCCCCCGUCCCCCAGCCGCCCGGCAGGUCCGCUGUCGACACUGCCUCUGAGGUUGGCUCGGCCCCGUAGGAGGCGGAGAGAUGCUAGGUUCUGUGAAACACACCAUCCAGCUCUCGUCCUUGGCUCCUUUCCCCCCACUUGUCCAGCCCACCCAGGGGAAGGCAGCACUUGGGUUAAUUGGCACGGCCUGCUUGCGCUAAAGAUAAUCACCAGGUUUGGAUUAGCAGGCAGCCCUUGCCACUGUGCGUCCUCCAGUCGGAGCUGUGAACUCUCCACCCGCGUCGCCCUGCCUGGUGGGCUGCAGAGCCAUGGCAACCGAGGAGAAGAAGCCCGAGGCCGAGGCCGCCCGAGCACAGCCCACCCCAUCGUCAUCGGCCACGCAGAGCAAGCCCACACCUGUUAAACCAAACUACGCUCUGAAGUUCACCCUGGCCGGCCACACGAAAGCUGUGUCCUCCGUGAAGUUCAGCCCGAACGGGGAGUGGCUGGCCAGUUCGUCUGCAGAUAAACUCAUUAAGAUUUGGGGAGCAUACGAUGGGAAAUUUGAGAAAACCAUCUCCGGUCACAAGCUGGGAAUAUCUGAUGUGGCCUGGUCCUCAGAUUCUAACCUCCUUGUUUCUGCCUCAGAUGACAAAACCCUGAAGAUAUGGGACGUGAGCUCGGGAAAGUGUCUGAAAACCCUGAAGGGACACAGCAAUUACGUCUUUUGCUGUAACUUCAACCCCCAGUCCAACCUCAUCGUCUCGGGCUCUUUUGACGAAAGCGUGAGGAUAUGGGACGUGAAGACGGGGAAGUGCCUCAAGACCUUGCCCGCGCACUCGGACCCCGUCUCAGCCGUUCAUUUUAAUCGUGAUGGAUCCUUGAUAGUUUCAAGUAGCUACGAUGGUCUCUGUCGGAUCUGGGACACCGCCUCGGGCCAGUGCCUGAAGACACUGAUCGACGAUGACAACCCUCCCGUGUCGUUUGUGAAGUUUUCUCCGAACGGCAAGUACAUCCUGGCCGCGACCUUGGACAACACGCUGAAGCUCUGGGACUACAGCAAAGGCAAGUGCCUGAAGACGUACACGGGCCACAAGAAUGAGAAGUACUGCAUAUUUGCUAAUUUCUCCGUCACUGGAGGAAAGUGGAUUGUGUCGGGCUCGGAGGACAACCUGGUCUACAUCUGGAACCUGCAGACCAAGGAGAUUGUACAGAAGCUUCAGGGCCACACAGAUGUCGUCAUCUCGACGGCCUGUCACCCGACCGAGAACAUCAUCGCUUCGGCCGCCCUGGAGAACGACAAGACCAUCAAGCUCUGGAAGAGUGACUGCUAGGCCCGCCGUGUGGAGGGAGCGUCGGGAAGCCCACCUGGACUGGCGAGAGCGCGGCUCUCGGAGGGGCUCCCGUGGUCCAGGCCCGGGGACCGGAGGGGCCUGGGCCUGAGCCGCCUCUGAAGACGACUUGGCUGGGGCGUGUCUCCCACUGGAGGGUUCUAGAAGUUGCUGGUGAAGUUUCUCGCCAAUUCCUCUCUCACCGUUGGGGAAGAGUUCCUAGUUUGUAUUGUGUUCAAAGAGAGUCAACAGAAAUUUUUAAUUUUUUAUUACAAAAAGGUGAAGUUCAAUUUA